AUGGAUAUUAAUAAUAUUGUUGAUUCAUCAAUGCCACUAAAGAUCCAAUUGUCCAUCAAAACCAAAUACCGAUGGAUUGAAACUGACAACGUCAACAAGAACAACAUGUGUGUUCACCAAGAAGAGGAAGAAUUUAAACAAGGUUGCUUUCAUAUAAACGUAGACAUUUCCAAUGAAAAUUUGAAAGCAUUAAUCUUUUCGAAGCUUGGCAGCAACUUGCCUACUCUUGAUUCGAAACAAAUAAAAGAGGCUAGUUAUCGUAUAAUAAAAACCAAAAAAGGGUUCAUUUGUGUGUCACUUAUUGCUCUUUUGUACCAAGAUUAUGUUUGUGACAAGACGAUGUUAUUCCAGCUACAUUGUCCUGCUAGUUUAUCGUUGAUGUUGAAGAAGAACAAGAUGAUGAUGAAUAUUGAUGAAGAAAAUUGUUCUGGGAUUUGUUUUGGGGAGUUAGCAAUGGGAACACAAGUUAUUUGCAUGCGUUGUUCACAUUACUUUCAUAUUCGAUGCUUGUGGAGUUGGCUUACCAGAAGGGGCAACUGUCCAAUUUGUCGAUAUGAGCCAGAUGUAGAGUAA